AUGACGGCCGUCCUGCAGACCGCAGUCUGGCUGGGAACAAGGCUUGUCCUUGGCCCUGCAUGGAAACCUCCCACUGCGGCGAUUGCCAAUGAGGUGCUACGGUAUGGCAAUGUUUUUGAUAUUUCAGGCCCGCCGCUCAUCAUCAAAGACCUCUGUCAGCAGCAGGAGUAUUUGCAACGCCUUCUAACUUUGGACUUUGUGCAGUGGGCGGUCCAGCCUUUGCUACUACAGAAUGCGGACCAUACUCUGUUCGCCUAUGCAACGAUCCAGCCGACUGGCCAUAUUAUUGGUUCUAGGAAGGCUAAGGCAUCGAAUUCCUAG